AUGGUAUGCAGUUCGUCGGCGGCAGCACCUGCAACCCAGAGGGUAUCUCGAACCCUUACCUGGGGCUCAGAACAACGGACACACCUGCUUGGGUCAGAAGACAAUCUCUUGGAGACUUCCUUCAGCUUUGCAGAUCCUCCCAGCUUGGAUUCUGUUCUUCGGUCACUUCUUCUUCCCCUUCUCGCUGCGUUAGUUGAUAUGAAGCACCGCGAUGAGGAAGCCACGGAGGCCAUCUCUAAGCUGCCUCGCCUGCCUGUGAACGAUCCACUUGUUUGCGCGGAGUAUCUUGAGAUCAAAGCUGCUGUUACGUUUGAUGAAGAGACUGAGAGUGAGGUUGUUGGAUCCGGAGGUGUAAUGGCUCCCUGGAAAGCUUUGUUUGCCCCCAACAUGUUCAAGCGCCUGGUGCUUGGUUGGGGCAUGAUGAUCUUCCAGCAGUUCACCGGUAUCAACGCCGUUCUCUACUAUGCACCCCAGAUUUUCUCUUCGUUGGGCUUCUCAUCCACCAAGACGACCCUUCUCGCCACUGGUGUGACUGGCAUCCUGCAGAUUAUCUUCACCCUUCCCACCGUCCUUUACCUCGACAAAUUCAGCCGCAAGACCUUCCUCAUCGCCGGCGCUACGGGCAUGUUCCUUUGCCAUAUGGUUGUCGCUGUUGUCCAAGGCACAUACAAGCCCAAGUGGGACUUAACGAGGGACUCGCCAGAGCCCAGCGCUGGGUUGCCAUUGCGUUCAUCUGGCUCUUCGCUGUCAACUUUGCUUACUCUUGGGGAAAUCUUCCCCAACAGUCAGCGCUCCCGCGGUGUCUCGAUCGUCGCCUCAACCAACUGGAUGUUCAACUUCGUUAUCGGCCUUACCACCAAGGAUAUGCUGGGCAAAAUGAAGUAUGGUACCUAUAUCUUCUUCGCCAUAUUCGGUGCUCUGGGUGGGCUGUUCAUAUGGAAGUUUGCCCCUGAGACCAAGGACAAGACAGUUGAGUCUACCACGGCUUGA